AGGGCCAAAGUGCAGCCAGAAAGUCUUCUCUCUCCUCCUAAUGCGUCUGUUAUUUUGGCUAAAAGGGGCAAGCAGUUGCCUGCACUGGCAGAGGGAAGAUGGAGCAACCAGAUACGGCCAAGAAGGAAGGGAAGCUGACACUCGUCCUGGCCCUGGCGACGCUGAUCGCUGCCUUCGGGUCAUCCUUCCAGUACGGGUACAAUGUGGCGGCGGUCAACUCCCCUGCAGAGCUCAUGAAGCAGUUUUACAACGAGACCUUCUAUGCUAGAACCGGUGAAUACACGACCGACUCUGCCUUGACGUUGCUGUGGUCCGUAUCCGUGUCCAUGUUCCCCUUUGGGGGCUUCAUCGGAUCCCUCCUGGUUGGCCUCUUUGUGAACAACCUUGGCAGAAAAGGUGCCUUGCUGUUCAACAACAUCUUCUCCAUCGUGCCUGCGAUCUUAAUGGGAUGCAGCCAAACCGCCAAGUCCUUUGAGAUGAUCAUUAUCUCCAGACUUCUGGUGGGAAUCUGUGCAGGCGUGUCUUCCAACGUUGUCCCCAUGUACUUAGGGGAGCUGUCCCCUAAAAACCUGCGGGGGGCCAUCGGGGUGGUGCCCCAGCUCUUCAUCACCAUCGGCAUCCUCGUGGCCCAGGUCUUCGGCAUCCGGAGCAUCCUCACCAGCGAAGAAGGCUGGCCGGUCCUCCUUGGCCUCACCGGGGUCCCAGCGGCCCUGCAGCUCCUGCUCCUGCCCCUCUUCCCCGAGAGCCCCAGGUACCUGCUGGUCCAGAAGAAGGACGAGGCGGCUGCCAGAAGUGCUCUGAGGCGGCUGCGGGGCUGGGACGCCGUGGACGCUGAGAUGGAGGAGAUCUGGCAGGAGGAUGAGGCCGAGAAGGCCACGGGCUUCAUCUCGGUGCCAAAGCUGUUCCGCAUGAAGUCACUGCAGUGGCAGCUCAUCUCCAUCAUUGUCCUCAUGGGCGGCCAGCAGCUGUCGGGGGUCAACGCGGUCUACUACUACGCUGACCAGAUCUACCUCCGAGCCGGGGUGAAGCCGGAGGAUGUCCAGUACGUGACGGCGGGCACAGGGGCUGUCAACGUGGUGAUGACCUUCUGCGCCGUGUUCGUGGUGGAGCUCUUGGGCAGGAGGGUUCUGCUCCUGCUCGGCUUCUGUGUCUGCUUCACGGCCUGCUGUGUGCUGACAGCCGCCCUGGUGCUGCAGGACACGAUAACCUGGAUGCCCUACAUCAGCAUCGUCUGCAUCUUCUCCUACGUCAUAGGACACGCCCUUGGGCCCAGUCCCAUUCCCGCACUGCUCAUCACGGAGAUCUUCCUGCAGUCCUCGCGGCCCUCCGCCUUCAUGGUGGGGGGCACCGUUCACUGGCUCUCCAACUUCACCGUGGGCUUGAUUUUCCCGUUUAUCCAAGAUGGCCUUGGCGCCUACAGCUUCAUCAUUUUUGCCGUGAUAUGUCUUCUCACCACCAUUUACAUCUUCCUGAUUGUCCCCGAGACCAAGGCCAAGACGUUUAUGGAGAUCAACCACAUUUUCGCCAAGAAGAAUAAGGUGUCAGACGUGUACCCCGAAAAGGAGGAACUGAAAGAUCUUUGAUCUACUUGCAAAAAGUAACUCAGGGGCAGAGGUGCAUGGAUCUUCCCCCUCUGGUAUUCCUGACUUCCAGUUGUCUGGAAACAUCCAGAAAUGGGACAAGUCCAGUGCAGAAUGCAGGCUGCACCUCUGGCCCAUCAGGCCCAGUGGGGAAUGUCCACAGAGCUUCUGGGCUGCGGUUCACGCCAGGCCACCUCUGUCUGGAUUGACCAGGCACCAACUACGAGUUGUAAAGCGUGGCUGAUCCUCAGCCCAGCAGGCUUAGCCAUUUUGUGGCUCCUGGUAUCACCCAAGUUUUACGUCACACACAAAAAAUUAUUGUGGAGAGAUGGAAGGAGUCUCCAGUUCCAUGGCUCCCUUGGGGCCACGUGCCUUAGUUCAGAGCAGGAUUCAUCUUAUCAAGUCCUUCUCCAGAAACGCCUGUCCUGGAAAUGAGAAGUCAGCAGUAGUGACAUCUAGACAGCUGGGGAACAGUCCCCGUGGAGGCAUGAACCAAGCCAGAGAUCAUUAAUCCCGAAUUGUGCUGUUAGAGGAAAAGGGAAUUGCUUGUUUAUCCUCAA